AUGUAUCAUGACAGCAAGAGUGAUAGGAGGAAGGAUAACCUGGAGAGUUCACUCACUAUUCACCAUUUGACUGAAGAAGAAAAUAAUCUAGAGGCCAACUAUGACAAAUUGGUUGAAGAUGUGCACCAACUGUUCAAUGCUCAAGAGGAUAGGAUGGUAGAUUUCAGCUAUUUGCAGGCUAAGAUGCAGAAUGUGCAUGUUUCUGAUUCAGUUGUAUCUGACAUGAAGGCAGAGAUGGGGAAGAAAGAUGCAGAGAUCUUCAAGCUACAGGAGAAGUAUAAAGUACUGAUGAACCUGACACAAUCUCAAGGCACUUGCAUCAGGAACCUGAAGUUCAAUCAUCUAAAAGAGAAGGAAGUGCUUAGUACAUCCACCAGGAACCUGCAAUUCCAGUGA